GUUGUACACAGCUGCCUUGGAUGUUGGGGUCUCUCACUCACAUGCAUUGUUAGAAACUCAAGAGUUAUCUCCAGAUUAUCAAUCACCUCCUGAGCAUUUCAUGAUGCAGGAAGAGCCCGGUGCUGAAGGGGGAGGAUGUGACUAUGUCAGGAAGGGAAGAGUCCCUUUCUGGUGCUUCUAGAAUCUGUUCCUCUUGGCCCCAGAUGUGGAACGGAACGGGCAAGGGGCCAAGGGAUUUGUUACCUAAGACAGGAAGGCCCACACCCAGAAGGCUCAAAGAGUUGUGCUACAGGAAUUCACAUCCAGAGCUAAUUUGUGUCCUGCUGAGUCCACAGAGAGUACUUUCAGGAUGAAAGGAUUCUCUUUUCUGCUCCUCUUCCUUCUCCUCCCUGUCCAAGCGCUGAUGGGGUCACUGUGUCCCAUGGAUGAAGCCAUCGACAGCAAGAUCAAGGAAGACAUUAGCUACUUAAUUUCAGAAAUACUCAAGAAAACUGACCUGCAUUGCAGGACUGUCACCUCCAGAGGGGACUUGGCCAUUUGCCAGGCAGGUUUUGCAGUCACAAGUUGCUCAUGUGGUUCGGCCUGUGGCUCAUGGGAUGUGCGUGGGGGGACAACAUGUCACUGCCAGUGCGUGGGCAUGGAUUGGACUGCAGCCCGGUGUUGUAGAGUGCAAGUUGGUGCCUGAAGUCUCUAGGGAUGAGCCUGCGCUGUU